AGACCGUAUUGUGAUAAAAUUUAAAUUGUAAAUUUUUAAAGAAUAUAAUUUUAACGCAAUGCUAGAUUACAUGUCAUAAUCAACGUUAAUUUGAAAUGUUGUACCUUGAUACAAUUAAAAAAUUUUGAAAUUUAUUCUCAAUUUAUUAAACAGCUGUUACGCAAUUACUGAUUCGAUGGAGCCCGGUAAAAGUGUGUUGAGCUUCAUACAAAAAAUUAUUAAGGAACAAAAAAUGUAAAUUUUAAUAAAUAUUAUUAUUUAUUAAAAUCAUUUGUUUAGGUGUGACUGCUAAUGUAAUUAUACGGUUUGUUUGAACAAAAAAGAAAAUAUCGUAUGCACGAAUCCAAUUAAAAUUUUUAUUUUAAAUAAUAUUCUAUUACUUACCAUUCAAAAUUGUUUAAAAAUAACACAAUAUAUAUUUGAUACUUCUCAUUAUAACAGUGAUAUUACUUUAUAAUUAUUUUAUAUUAGAAGUUCACUCUAUAAUCCGCAUUCAAUAUCAGAUCAGGUAUGAACAAAAGUUGUUAUUAUGCAUCUUUAAACCCAAUAAACAAAUAAGUUGACUGAGACAUCGUUGAUUGAUUUAUGUAUUAUCGAUAUGGGGCAAGAAUAUUUAAUUGUAAAAUCCAAUUAGUUGAGAGUUAAUAGAGAUGCAAGGUUUCUUUCUUCAAUUAUCUAAGGAGUAAAUAUGAUUGAUUAUGUCAUUAUUGUGCCCAUUGAAAUAUUGACCAAAGAACCUUGCUAUUUACCUGAAGGCUAUACAAGCAGUAAACUACUGACUAGACUGUCAGAUGUUGACAUAUCUGUAUCUUAUAAUCAAUCACCAUUACCUUCACAUAAUCCUUGGUAUAGAUACGGUAUACUUGUUGAUUUAUCUUGCUACGAAUUCUCGAACACAAUGUUAAAACUGGGUAUAAAAAAUCGAUUAUUUGAUAUGCAAAAUGAUUGGGUGCUAUACAAUAGUAGACGAAUUUAUAAUACUUCUGAUAUUUCAAGUAUUGUUCUUGAUACAUUUGAGACGCAUUUAAGCAAUGCAUACAUUUUGCCUGAUUCUAAUGUGUACAUGUUUAUUAACGUUGUUAAUGAUGGGUGGGAAAUUUGGGAGGGUUUUCGAACGGGCAAAGAACAACCAUUUAAAGUUUUCAAAUGUGGUAAAGCAACUGCUGACUAUGUAAUAUUAAAUAAUAUUAACACGGAAAGAAGAAAUCUUAAAGGAAUUAUUUUGAAAGCAACUACUGUAAUUUCAGAACCCGACAAAUUUAUCGGUUUCUAUCCGUUUGUGUACACAAAUUUAGACGUUUUUUCUCACAUGCAUAAUGAAUUAAACUUAGUUCUGCAAGAUCAAUUAAAUUUUAAAAUGGAGCUAUCGAUUACAAAUGAUUUUGGUUGGGACUAUGGAAAUGGUACCUUCAGUGGAAUGAUUGGUAAACUGCAAAGAGAGGAAGAUGACUUUGGGGGUCACGGUAGUUUUAUAAGAGCUGAUAGAAUGGUCGCUGUAGAUUAUACAGUUGGAACAUUUUAUAGAGAUGCUGCAGCAUUGUACAGACAACCUUCAUUGUCAAGUGUUUAUAAUAUAUGCAUUUUACCGUUUAAGUUUGAUGUUUGGUUGGCGAUUUUUUGCAUAUUCCUAGGAUUCAUUAUUGUUAUUAUAUGUUUGAACCGUAUAACUAAAUUAUUUGAUAAAAAUCCAGCAGGAUCUAUGUCAAUUUUAGAUUCAAUUAUUCUUGUUCAUGGCGCCAUUUGUCAACAAGGAUUUUCAAUCAACUUAAAUUCAAUUUCUUUGAAAAUAUCAAUUUUUGUUUUAUUUGUGACCACGGUGUUCUUAUUUACUUCAUAUGCUGCAAGUAUAGUUGCAUUGUUACAAUCCCCUAGUAAUUCGAUUAAAACAGUUGAAGAUAUUGUUGAGUCUUCUAUGACGUUUAGUGCUCAGAUAAGUCCGUAUAGCGAACCAUACUUUGAGAAAACAGACGAUCCAUUGGUUAAAAAAUUGUUUGAUAAUAAAAUGAAACCUAGUGGUGACAAAAAAUUCACUAAUGCUACUGAAGGCCUUAAUAGAAUUCAAACUGAAUUUCAUGGCUUCGUUGUUGAGUUAAUAACAGCAUACAAACUCAUUGGCGAAACUUGGCACGAAAAGGAGAAAUGCGGGUUGUCAAGCGUACAAUUUUUCAAAAUACCAAUUUUAGCCUUGGCUGUAAUUAAAAAAUCUGGUUACAAGGAUUUAUUUAAGCAAAAGUUAAUACAGCAGCAAGAAGUUGGAAUUAAAAACAGAAUAAUUAAAAGAUGGGUUACCCCAAAACCAGCUUGCGAAUCGUUUAAUAGAGCUAAUCAAUUCGUCAGCGUAUCAAUAAAAGAUGUUUAUCUAAUUUUUCAAAUAUUUUUACUUGGUAUUUUUAUAUCUGUAUUAAUCUUAGCUUUAGAAAAAUACUACUUUAAAAAAAAAUUGAAUUUGAAUACAUAUUUACAAAUCACUUGGUCAUAUGAAAAUGUGGAUGAUUUAUUUCAAGUAUUACAUACAUUUUUUAUUCAAAGACAUGUACCAACAAUCACAUUUUUUACAUGUUGGCCAACAAGUUUCCAAAGAAGUUUGUUAUUAAAAUUUUCAUCAUAUAAUAUAUCAAUUUCCUUUCACACAUCAUCAUAUAAACAUUACAAAACUUGGUACAGACAAGGAAAUUUAGUCGAUUUGUCUUGCGACCAAAGUUUAAUGGUAUUAGAAAAUGCUUCAAGGUCUCGUAAUUUCAAUAUGCAAAAUGAUUGGGUAUUAAUCGACAAUAGAAAAGAAAUUAAUAUACCUUUAACUGAUACUCUUGCAUUAGCGACAUAUCAAAUAUACCUUGAAAAAUUAUAUAUAUUGCCGGACUCUGGAGUUUUUUUUUUUAUUAAAACUGAACAGAAUUAUUGGGAAAUUUGGAACGGUUUUCGGCCAAGUAAUACAGCUAAAAUUAGAGUAUUUAAAAUAGGUAAAGCAACCACACAAAAAAUAGAGCUGGAUAAUCUUAAUUCAGAAAGAAUGGACUUUGGAGGAAUCACGCUCAAAGCAACAACAGUGAUAAUAGACCCUGAACAUUUCUAUGGAUUUAACGUAACUAAAAGUUCUGAUUUAGAUUAUUUUGCUCAUAUUAAUUAUGCUAUGUCAAUGCUGUUGUCCAAUCAACUAAAUUUCAAAAUCAACAUUUCCUAUGUUAAUGAUUAUGGCUGGUCUGCAGAAAAUGGUUCAUUUGGAGGUCUUACAGGUAUGUUAGAAAGAGAAGAAAUUGAUUUUAGCUUAGCUGGAGUUUUUAUACGACCAGAUAGGAUGAAUGUAAUUGAUUAUACGUUGGGGACAGUUGACGUAAGAAGCAGUGCAUUGUUUAAACAACCCCCUCUUUCUAGCAUAAAUAAUAUUUUUGUACUGCCGUUCGACUCAGAAGUUUGGAUAGCAAUUCUCAUAACAUUUAUUUCAUUUAUAAUUAUUAUUGUCGUUUUAACAUUUAUAACAGACAGACUGAGUCCCGUAAAAACUACAUCUUUGAGCAUUCUGGAAACAAUUUUAAUAGUCUACGGGUCUAUAUGUCAACAAGGUGCAUAUGCAUUACCUAAUACAAUUUCUAUUCGGUUAACUAUUUUUAUAAUGUUUUUUACUGCUGUAUUCUUAUACACAUCAUAUUCAGCGUGCAUUGUUGCACUGUUACAGUCGGCCAGUGAUUCCAUUAAAACUGUUCGAGAUAUUGUUGAGUCUGAAAUGACUUUUAGUGCUCAAAGUACUCAGUAUAGUAAAAUUUAUUUUAAUGAAACAGAAGAUACAUUUAUAAAACGUUUGUAUGAACAUAAAAUGAAAAAAAAAGAAAUCAGGCCAUUUACCGAAUCUCCUGAAGGAAUAGAACGUAUUCGUACUGAAUUUCACGGAUUUAUGGUAGAGCAAACAUCAGCCUAUAAUUUAAUUAGUAAAACUUGGCGAGCAGAAGAAAAAUGUGGAUUGUCUGAUAUUGAAUUGUUUAAAUUACCUCCUUUAGCAGUGGCUGUAGUUAAAAAGUCUGGACAUCUUGAUAUUUUUAAACAAAAAUUAAUACAACAAUAUGAAGUUGGAGUUAGGCGACGAAUACUUAAUCAAUGGUCUGCGCAAAAGCCAACAUGUACAUCACGAAGAUCUCUAAAAUAUGUUAGUGUAUCAAUUAAAGAUAUUUAUCCAAUCUUAAAAAUCUUUGGAUAUGGUAUAUUAGUAUCUGUAGUUAUUUUAUUUUUAGAAAUAAUUAAUUUCAAAUGGAAAUCAUUGUAA